AUAUUCAGAAAUGUAUUAAAUUACACGAUAUUUUCCUCAAUUGAUAAUAAUAAGUUAUUUAAGGCUUUGAAAUAUUCAGAAAUUUGAUUGAGCAGUCCAGUCUUUUUGGUACGUAUCUCCAAAAUUUGAUUCAGAAAUUCUCAUUAUCUUUUAGGGCUUUGUAGCCGGGAAACGCCAUUUCCGGCCAUCCGUUAUAUUGUUGCUCAAAUCCCAGCUCCGAUAACUGUGUUCUGGAAAGAUGGCGACUCGAGUAAUGGAUCAAAUCUCUCAACUACCUGACCGUAUUUUGCUGCACAUACUAUUCUUCCUACCUGGGAAAGAUGCAGCUCAAACUAGUGUGCUCUCCAAGACAUGGCUGAAAGUCUGGAAUUCGCUUCCUCUAUCUACAUUUGAUUUCAGUCAAAACAUUUCCAUAUGUAAACUCCUGUCUACAGAAAAAGAGGAAUCGGAACAAGUUGAUGUAAGAGAUGCUUUUCUAAAUAUUAUAGACGGUUCAUUGGUAAAUCUCCGUGUCCAAAAAGCAAUAAUAGAGAAAUUCAGGAUUUUUCUUAAACUGUCAUAUCUAAGAAAUGUGUGUUGCAUUGAUGAAUGGAUAAGAUUGGCUACCAAUAACUGCAUCAAAGAGUUAGAUGUUCAUAUUAAGCGCCAGUAUGAAGAAGACCAGUACAGUUUGCCAGGAAUGUUAUCUCAAAUUAAUGCCCAUUCAUCAUCUAAGCACGAGUUGGUUUCAAAAUUUGAAGGAAUAUCUAUCUAGAUUCAAACAACUAAAUUUACUUUGAUCUGUCUAUAGAUUCAACGACUGUAAGUGUCUGAAUUCCAUUUUCCCUUUAAUUUGUUAAUGUUUAGUUUUUGUGACAUUUGAUUAUCUUUUUUUGUCAUUGAUGAUCAAGAAUACAUUCAUCAUGGAAGAAGUGAAUGGAACGUUGUCCUGGCCACUAUUGGUUGUCAAACAUGUGAAAUAAGGGAAGUUUUUAUGGAGUCUCUAAAUUUUGAAGCUCUGUUAGAUGGUCUGCUUUGGACUUGUCAUCCAGAGAUAGAAUCAGGGAGCACAAUGAGGAUUUUACACAGUUUUUGAGGGAGAAACUAAUGCAAAGAGAGAUUGCUCCUGUGUGUUGUGACUCGAGUAGUAUCAAAUGCUGGAGGCACUUACCUUAAAGAAAUUGAAGUUGAGAGCUCUACUAGAAAGUAUGGGAAUCCUUCUUCAUCGUCUCAAGUCUCAACCGUUUGUUUCAAACUCACAUGGUAGAAUAUGAGCAUGCCAUGCACGUGAACAGUAAUUUAAAGUAUAAUUCUUCAUAGUUUUUGGCAGUCUGAUUACAAGAACUUGUAAUUUCUAACAUAAAUUCACCUUAUCAAGGGGUAUAAGAUUAAUAAUUUAGGCCUAUAGUGACCUUCAAGUAUAUAUAUGAUUCAUACUAAUUAGUCUA